AUGUCACAAUCAGGGAUACCAGUGUUGUCUGGGACUCGUCGAAGAAGUAAUAGUACUAGUAAUGCAAAUAAUCCAUUUAAUAGGGAUAUAAAUAGAAGUUUUAGUACCAAUUCAAUUACUAAUUUGAAUAAAGAUAACGGUCAUUUUGUGUCUCAAAUACCAUCACCAUUUUUUUCCAAUUCUCAACCGGCAAACGAUUCACAGCAUGCUCCCUAUGCAUUCCAUAAUAAUAAUAACAAUAACGUAAACAAUAAUGCUGGAACUAGGCGAAGAAGAAAUAGUGUUGGGUCUACAAUAAGUGAUAUUAAUAAAUCGUUUUUGCUUUCAGCUCAGGCAGAACCUAGAAAAAAAAAAUCUAAGUCUAUUGUUAGUACUACUAAUCCACAAUACCGUAGAAAUUCUACUAUCGGUAGUACAAUGUCCAACACAGUAAUGAAAUAUAAUGAUCAUAACAUGAGAGAAAGUAGGCGGUCUUUGCAAUCAAGUUAUAAUCUAUCAAUGAUAAAUAGCUAUGACAAAAAUAAUAUCAGUUUACUCAGGAAAGAUCUUAGACCAUUAAGAGAUAAAAACUUUCAAAAUGCUAUUCAACAAGAGAUUUUGGAUUAUCUCUUAAAGAAUAAAUUUGAGGUUCAAACGAAUCAUCCAAUAUCACUAAAAUCUCUAAGACAACCAACACAAAAGGGAUUCAUAAUCAUUUUCACAUGGUUAUAUAAACGCCUAGAUCCAGGUUAUACUUUCCAAAAGAGUGUAGAAUCUGAAUUAUAUCAAAUUUUGAAAAAUUUAAAUUAUCCAUAUAUAGAGAGCAUCAAUAAAUCACAGAUUAGUGCCGUUGGUGGGUCUAGUUGGUAUAAAUUUUUAGGUCUUUUACAUUGGCUUGUAAAAUUAAAUGAAAAGAUGGACAUGAUUUCUAGUGACCUGGAUUCCACAUUAUUGAACCAACCCACACAAGAAUUAAUUCAAAUGAAUCAGCCUGUCCCCGACUCACUUGAACAACAAGAUAAGAUCAAGCUAAAAUACGAAUCUAUGAUUGAAUCAUUAGUCAUUGAAUAUACCAUGGAUGCUUAUAAAUGUUUUUUAAAUUCCAACGAUGACUUUAGUGUACCUAUGAAUAAAUUCCAAGUUGGAUUUGAAAAAUUUAUUAAAAUCAUCAAUUUAGAUAUAAAAACUUUAGAUAAUCAAAAUGAGGUGAUAUUAAAACAAUAUGAAUCUAUUUUACAAAAGGCCACAAAAUUGAGAAUUGCAAAGGAAAGAAACACUGCAUUACAGAACGAUGUUAAAGCAUUUGAAAAUUACAUAUCUGUUAUGAAAGAAAAAUCAAAAUUAUGGCCGAAAAAAUUACAAAAUAUGAAGUCUGAUAAGGAACAGAGACAAGAGAAUAUAGCUGAAGUUGAGAAAGAAAUUAAACAGCUUUCAGAUCAGUUAAAUGAAAAGAAUAUUUCUGUAGAACAAAUCGAAACUAAAAAUAAAACUCAGGAAUUUUUAUUGCAGAGUUUAGAUGAUAUAUCUGAUAAAUCAGAUCGAAUGAUAUCUACCUUACAAAGUAAAAGAAUCGAAAAUAAAAAUGUAGCGAAAAAUUUAUUAAAUGUAUUGGAUAUAUAUAAUCAGACCUUGCAAUCGAUAUUAAAGGACAGGUUUAUUUUAACAGGCAGAAAUUCACCAAAAGUAGAUGAUUUUAAAAUUAAUAUUGGAGAUACUUUACAAACAUUGAAUGAUAAUAUUAAGUUAAAUUAUAAUGAAUUAUUUAAAAACGUGAGUACAGAUCAAUCAUUUUCGUUAAAAAAUUAUAUCACCGAAAAAUUAAUUAAACUAAUUGAAGAUAUUGAAAACAACUGUAAUAACAUCCAAUCCGAUAUUACUGAUUUAAAUAAAGAAAUAGAGUCAUUCCAAAAACAAGUGAAAAUGAAUAGUGAAGAAACUAAAAAAUUGAGAGAAAGUGCACUACAAGUCCAAUCAAAUAUAUUUUCACUUAAGCAAGAAUAUGAGAAGUCCCUAAGUUCACAAAGAUCUGAGAUUGAUGAAUUAAGUAAAAGAAAUUUAAAUACAAACAAAAUAAUCGACAAGAAAUUGGAUGACGCCAAACAAAUCAUAAUCGAUAAGAAACAUCAAUUGUCAGAAGUUGAAAAUACAUUGAUCUUGCAAAAGCAAGACUUGCAAAAUAAGAUUUUUGACAUAGUUACAUAUAUUGUGGAAUUUAAACUUAAAAUUCAAGAUUCUCUCGAGGAAAACAAAAAGAUUAUAUCAGGAGAACUACAGAAAUUAAACAUACAACAAUGA